AAACGCUCGCUGCCUCCGUCUCCACUCCACCAUUGCUCGCUCGCUUGCUCUACCGAUUAGUUUUCGUCGUUUUCUCCAACUGUUGAAGAACACUUGCUUCCUCAUUCCCCUUUGUUCCGUGCCAAGUCUUUUCCCCCCUUCUUACUGCUGUCGAUAGUGGAAAAGAGGGCAGCUUUGCUAACGGGAAUGGAGUUCGGCGCCGACGAGGUGGUGGAGGUGAACUGUGCCCGCGGCGGCAGCGGCGGCGGGGAUCCCGGGGUGUACGCGGCGGUGCUCAAGAGGAAGCUCGACCUGUACUGCGCCGCCGUGGCCAAGACCAUGGAAGCUAAACCACAAGAAUCUGCUUUGGGAGCUAUGCAAUUGGUUUCUCAAGCUUCAGACACUUCGCAAUUAGUUUCUCAAGCUUCUUUUGAUGGUGAUGGUACUGUUGUUCAAGGCAAGCCAGCUAAUAGUUGCACAUCAAGGGAGCAGUCUGAUGUUGACGGUGAUCUUGAGGAAAAUACCGACCCUGCUAAUGCAAAGCGGGUGAAGAGGAUGCUCUCAAAUCGAGAAUCGGCCAGGAGGUCAAGGAAAAGGAAGCAAGCUCACCAGACCGAUAUUGAAUCACAGGUUACCCAGUUAAGAGCUGAAAAUGCAUCUUUGCUAAAGCGCCUGACUGACAUGACUCAGAAAUACAAGGAAGCUACCCUUGGCAACAGAAAUCUUACAGUUGAUAUGGAGACUAUGAGGAGAAAGGUGAAUAUAGCUGAAGAAGCUGUAAGGAGAGUAACUGGAGCAAGCCUUCUGUUCUCCAUUACAUCAGACAUGGCCGGAAGUAGUGUGCCCUUCUCUUCAUGCAUAUCUGAUGCAGCCUCUGCUGAUGCUGCUCCCACUGAAGAGAGCAUGAGCCAUUUGCUCCAAGGUUUUUUUGAGGAUGAUCAGAUAAAGCCUGACCUCCCACAGGCAACAACUCCUGUUGUUCCCAGUGGGGAAGAGAUGGCCUCAAGACCGGCCUCUCUACGACGCAUCGCAAGCCUGGAGAACCUGCAGCAGAGGAUCCAUGGAGAUUCAAUACAUUCCGACACUGCUUCGGCUUUCUCAGACCAUGAAUUCCCUGAAAAUGCUCUAUGACUGGAUUAUAAUGCUCCAGUGAGCUAAGUUUUGUCGUAAAAUAUGGAGCUUGUGGCAUCUGUGUAUAUCUGGAUGCUGAACUUUGUGUAUUACUACUAAUUUGAAGGUAAAUAAUCUGUGGUUCAGCCUUCUGAUCC